UGGAACACCAGUGGAAUAUUUGGAACACCAGUGGAAUAUUUGGAACAUGCUCCUAGGCGAAUCUUGGCAGGUUUUAGUAGAUGGAUACAAAAUCGCCCAUGGUGAAAAUCUAGUAUUUUCUGAUUUUCUUGGACUGUGUUUGAGCUAUCGAGAAUUGGAAUACACCAUUCGAUAGAACUCAUCGAGUUGUACUUGGAACACACCCUGGGACUGUUGGAAGAUGUUCCUGGGCGAAUCUUGGCUGGAUUUACUCGAAUCUGGUGCUAACUUCACCUACAUAAUUUUUUUAGUGUUGUUAUUAGGAACAUUGACUGUAUAUUAAAAGAGCAAUACAAGUAUGUGAGCAUUACCUUUCUCUUUCCUUCAUUUUCUCUAGGUGAAAUCGUAUGCACAUAGCCAACAAAUCAUCGGAGCAACAAGGAUACAUAGGUAGUUUAUAAGAACAAGCAGCCGUAAUCGGUUUCAUCCUUGUUUAAGGGGCUCAUCAGACGUCAAGUUCAAAUUCAUCAUUAUCUAAAGAUAACAAUGAAACUGCAAUCGACCCCUAUGAAAUAGAAGAGAUACAGUGUUAAGUAUGGCUACUUUAUAAGAACAAGCAGUCAUGACCAGUUUCGUCGUUAUCUUAGGAUAAUGAUGAAUUUGAACAUGCCGUCUGAUGAGUCCCUUAAGCAAAGACGAAGCCGGUCACGGCUGCUUGUUCAUAUUAACUCUAAGUUGAAUCAAUUAUCACAAAAUUUUGAUAAAAAUAAUGAUCAAAAAAAAAAAAUGUUCAGAAACACAAUGUAAAUGAUUCGUUAUAAGCGAACAAAAUUUUUGAUAAUAAAAAUUUUAUUAUCAUUAUAUAGCGGAUCUUACAAAAGAGAUUUCAAAAGGUACUCAACCGCUUCAACAAACAAUUGAUAAUCUAUGAAAACAGCAACAAGCAUUACUCGAAGUAAUACAUGAUUUACCGAAAAAAUUUCAUGCUAUUCAACAAUCUCAACUACAAACAGAUUUAAUUAAAGAACUUUCUCCAAAACUUGAUCCAAUAACUCAAUCAAUUAAAGCUAUUAAAGAUAGAUUUUUUUUUCCUUUAAUUUGUCUAAUUGAAUAA